GGGCUCUCCAGGGAAUCCUCCUGCUCCGUGUGUGACCAUGGGAAAGAGAGUGGCUGUCGUGCUGGCUGGCUGUGGGGUGUACGACGGGAGCGAGAUCCAUGAGGCUUCUGCUGUGCUGGUGCAUCUCAGCAGGGAGGGGGCACAGGCCGAGGUUUAUGCUCCUGAUGUUGACCAGAUGCAUGUGGUGGACCACGUGAAGGGACAGCCAACUCAGGAGAAGCGCAACGUGCUAGUUGAAAGUGCCCGAAUAGCCAGAGGCAACAUCAAGGACCUAGCGAAGCUGGAUGUCAAGGGGCUGGAUGCCGUAAUCAUACCAGGUGGCUUUGGAGUGGCUAAAAACCUGAGUACUUGGGCCACCCAAGGCAAGAACUGCACCGUCUCCAAAGAGGUGGAGGACAUCCUGAAGGCAUUCCACGCUGCCAAAAAGCCCAUUGGCCUGUGCUGCAUUUCCCCCGUUCUGGCAGCCAAAAUCUUCCCAGGUUGCGAGCUGACUGUGGGUCACGACACACCGUGUGACAAAUGGCCUUACGCGAACACUGCUGAGACCAUGAAGGAGCUUGGUUGCAAGCACGUGAACAAACACGUCACUGAAAUUCACGUGGAUGCGAAGAACAAGCUGGUGACCACCAGCGCCUUCAUGUGCAAUGCCCCCAUUCAUGAGAUCUACGAUGGCAUCGGAAAGAUGGUCAAAGAAGUGGUCAGGCUUGCCUGAAUGCCACAAAGCCA